AUUUCAAUUUCCAAUCUUUCUCUCAGUUGCUGGCUUACUGCUUACGACCUCCACGAUCAGACCCAACAGUUCAUCGAGCGAUCUGCUGGAGAUAUGCUGUUCUUAAACCAUCUAUGGGAAUAUGUUGUGACUUCACUUCCGGGGCUGCUCAUACCCAGCUCUGUGUCUUUUACAGAGAUUUCAAGUUACACAGCUUGCAGGCAGUUAUCUCAGAUGUUCUUGGCUGUUGCCUUCUUUCAUAGUUCGGAAUACAUUCUAGCGGUCGCGUUCCACGGGAGAUCGAAUGUGACUCUCAAGUCACUUCUAAUCAGCAAAAAUUAUCUUCUCACGAUGAUCUUUUCCUUUCUGGAGUACGGUGUUGAAAUCGUUCUAUUUCCUGGGUUGAAAGAACACUGGUGGAUGAGUAACACAGGUCUUGCAUUGGUGGUCAUAGGUGAAAUUAUACGGAAGUCGGCUAUAAUAACUGCUGGUCGAGCCUUCACGCACCUUAUCAAGGUUCACCAUGAGGAGCAUCAUCGGUUGGUUACUCACGGUGUCUAUAGAUUCGUCCGUCAUCCGGGGUACUCUGGUUUCCUCAUUUGGUCAGUAGGCACUCAAAUAAUGCUCUGUAAUCCCAUAUCAACAGUUGCCUUUGCAACUGUUGUGUGGAAAUUCUUUGCAGAAAGAAUACCAUAUGAAGAGUAUUUCUUAAAGUGGUUCUUCGGUUCAGACUAUGAGGAGUACGGACGCCAGGUACAUUCCGGUGUUCCAUUUGUAAAAUGAGGGUUUAUGACCUCGGAGUAUGGAUUUUGAGUAGGGAUUUGGUUUAACUUCAAUGAUUGAAAAGCUUAGCAGCUACUAACUGAAGUUGGCAUUUGUAUAUGAUCAGAAACGGACAU